AACUUCUUACUAUUAGUACGAGACCAUCAUGGUUCGGUCUCCACAAAACCUUGCUCACCAUGUCCGCUCGUUCUAGUUCUUGGUCGGACACUCGUGCACAUCAUCAGGUUCAGAGUCACAAUAUGAUUGUAAAUUCUGAUAACACGUCUCAACUGGAAUGGAAGAAGGAAGGGAACGUGACAGUGGAUGAGGACAAGUAUCUUGUUACUUUUGACAUCGACGACCCUAAGAACCCACAGAAUUGGUCCGAUGCAAGACGCUGGUAUCUCACAUUUCUUGCAGGAAUGCUUGUAUUGAAUGCCACAUUCUCGAGUUCUGCACCCUCUGGAAUAGCCGACGCAUUGGUAGAAGAAUUUGGAUUAUCUGAGGAGGUGGUUACCCUGACUAUCUCACUUUUCGUGGCUGGAUACUGCGUAGGUCCUCUCCUGUGGGGACCGCUCUCAGAGGAGCUCGGUCGACGUCCUGUCUUCAUUUUCUCAUUUUUUGUCUACACGAUGUUCCAAAUUGGUAUGGCGCUCUCGAAAAACACUGCUUCCUUGUUGGUGUUCCGCUUUCUGGGCGGGGUGUUUGCAGCCUCACCCCUUACUAAUUCAGGCGCAUUGAUAUCAGACAUCUGGGAUGCAAGAACUCGCGGAAACGCACUCGCAAUAUUCACAGUAGCACCGUUCGUGGGCCCUGCUUUGGGACCCACUGUAGCGGGCUUUAUAUAUGUUUCCGGAACAUCAUGGAGAUGGCUCUUCUGGAUCUUAACAAUUUUUGCCGGUGUCUGCUGGAUAUUAAUUGUGUUCACACUGCCUGAAACUUACGCUCCUAUCUUGUUGCUGCAAAAGGCUCGCCAUAUGCGUCAAGAAGGGAAUACCAGGUGUUAUGCGCCGAUGGAAGUCACCGAAAAAACUCUCGGUCAGCAAAUAGAGAACGUCCUUGCUCGUCCUUUCCAAAUGCUCUUCCAGGAACCCAUGCUUCUGGCAGCUACAGCAUACAUGAGUUUUGUAUAUGGAUGCCUCUACCUUCUGUUCGAGGCCUUUCCUAUCGUCUUCACGGAAGGCCAUGGUUUCAAUGCUGGUAUAUCGGGUUUGAUGUACCUACCUUUGAUGCUAGGAGGGGUCAUGGCGGUAAUAAUAUAUCUCCUCACUUUCAGCCCUCGAUAUGAACGAGAAGUUCGAAGAUGUUCACCCGAUCCGGUAGUUCCAGAAUUCCGAAUUGAGAUGGCUCUUAUUGCAGCGCCGAUUUAUGCAGCGUCCUUCUUUUGGUUUGCAUGGACUUCUUCUCCGUCCAUAUCCUUCUGGGCACCCUUAAUAGCCGGAGGUGCUAUGGGUUUUGGUAUCAGUUGGAUCUUUCUGAGCUUGUUCAACUAUAUUAUUGAUACCUAUCUGAUGACAGCAGCCUCUGCUCUGGCUGCCAAUACAGUUGCUCGUAGUCUAUUUGGUGCAGGAUUUCCGCUUUUUGCCAACCAGAUGUAUGUCAAACUUGGCCCGCAAUGGGCAUCUUCACUGUUGGGGUUUGUUUCAUUAGCUAUGGUACCGAUUCCAUUCAUUUUCCUCAAGUUCGGAGCAAAACUGCGAGAGAAAUCAAAGCAUGCGGUGGCCAAAUAACCUUCCAGCAAACCCAACGAACUUAUCAUUUCACUCGCAUAGACAGAUAGAUAGAUGUGAACGUUUAGACGUUAUGAAACGACGUCUCGGAAACCAUAUCUCAUAUCUCAUGUCAAAAAAUAUACAUCGAUACUCGAAUUUUAUUACAUGUAUGCUUCAUGGUCUCGUAGGCGGGAGGGUUGAG